UAUUUCAUCUUUAAUUCAUACUUAAGUAAGUAUUAAUUCAGGUAUUAGUGCAUGAUUAUUCAUGUACAGUUAUUGUAAAGUGUUACCAUAUAACUUUAUCUAUUCCCAUUCUCAGCUUGAAUUGUUAUUUAUCUGCAACUAGGUACUAUAACUCUCUACUGACUUUACACUUCUAGUAACCCUGACUAGACCUGAGCACAGUAUUUUAUCCAACACAGUCUAACAGAAAAAAAACAUUCACAUUCAACUUAUUUACAGCAUUUUCUGUACAUUCAGUAUCAACGGUCUGGCACAAGCAUACAUUGCGUAACGUAUUAAACUUACAGACUCCAUAUGAGACGUUCUACACCAAUGUAUUUUUACCAAGCUAACCUCUAGCACUAUGCUCUUUGAGUAAGAUCUAUAUGCAUUAAAUAAUUUUACCUAUUUUUUAACAUAUUGAGCAUAAAGUUUGUGCUUUUCACAACAUAUCAUUAUGAUUAGGGCUCAUGAAACUUCUCUUCUUCUCUGCAAACACAAUCAGGCUUUCAAGUCACGUGGUAAUGCGGCACGGUAACACAAGUAUUUUUAAAAUGCGGGAAGUCCCUGUACUCUUAGAAGCCUAAAGAAUUUAUAGCUUAAAAGCUAUCUGCAUUUUGAAGAUACCUGUGUUACUGUGCCGCAUAACCAUCAUAAAUUGGUUAAUGAUCAAUAUGUUUAAAAGGAAGAUGUAAAAUUAUUUAUUAUAUUUAUUACAUUCUAUAUUACAUAUACAGUGGGGUCCAAACGUCUGAGAGCACUAGUGAAAAUGCUUCUCUUUUGCAUUCUUUUCUAAUUUAAUACAACAAUUUUCAUUAUUACAAAUUUUAUUAUUGACAGCAACUUGAGUAAAAAGUAGAAUCUUUGAGAUAUUUACAUGAAUUUUACAUGUAAAAUUUUCUUAGUAAACAAAGUAGCACUUCUUACCUUUAAAUGAGUUAAACUGUAUAUACAAGCACAAUGCUUUAGUUCCAUCAACAUACAGACAUCCGCUUAUUAAACCCAUAUCACUGACUAUACAGCUCACUGUUUUGAGGAGGACAAUGUACAUCACUCGUCACAAUUGCUAACAAAAGAUGGACAUCGAGGCAACUAUGUUUUUUUUUUCCCCACUCUGUAGCUCGAACGCAUGGAGGGGAAGUCGAGGGAAACCGAAUGCAGUGUAAAACCAUAUGGGGGCUUCAAGGACCCACUCUAUAGAAUCCCCAAAUGUUUUCAAGCUGUCUUGGUGCCUUACCGUUAGCUACCAUACAGCUGUUUACAAAGUUACACACAUAUACAGUACAAGCAUCAGACACACUGAGGUUCGUUUCAUAAACUACAGGGUGAAGACACACACACACACACACACACCAGCAAUUACAUAGGGUUACAGAUUAGCUAUGGUUAAUUUUGGGUUAGGUGUAGGAUUUGCCUAGGGUUAGGUUUGGGCUGUAGUUAGCGCUUGAAUCUGUUACAGCCCCUCCUCUUUCAUUAGGCAGGGCACAUCAUUUUGUCAAUUUUUGUUUUCCUGCCAUUUAAGAAAAAAACAAUAAUUUAAGUUAAAUUGUCUUGUCCUUACUUGGGCUUAUCAUAAUAUCCUUGUGAGGACUUUCCACGGACAUAAUUAUUAAUGCAGCUAAUUAACGCUAUGCUACACCAAAACAUAAUCCUAACCUUAACCUUAAUAACCAAAGGGAAAUCUUUUUUUUUUUUUUAAAUAAAAUCUGCAGUUCUUGUACAAAGCUGUUGUCAUCAUGGGGACCAGCCAAAUGUCCCUGCAAAGGUAAAACAGUCAGAUUGUACUUUCCUCCAACAAACCCUCCCCCGCUCCCUGCAAACACAAACACACACACACGAAACACACUUUAAUAUUACCGUUUAUUGCUCUUUGUAGUGGGUUUUUAUGUAUAAAACUGUUGAUUUAAUUAUUUUUAUUGGUGUCUUUGCUUUGCACUAUUUCUUUAUAUGUGCCUAAGAUUUUGCACAGUACUGUACAAGUGCGCGAGUGUGUACCUGUGUGUGUGUGCGCAUCUGUUUGUAUUGUAAGAUGAUAACGGUAAGUGUCUUCAUCUCCAAUCAUUAAUCUGAAUUAGCUAUUACUCCCUCGACAGGCACAUAUCUAUAAUGUAGUAAUGACCUAAAUAAUCUAAUGACAGCUCUCUUUCUUUCUGUAUUAUCAGUAUGAUGGAAUUAAAUUGCGUGCACACACACACACAGACCUGUGUAACCUGAGCUGGUAAUUCAAUUCCAAACUUGAACAAAUACUCUCUCUGCCGUUCUGUCUUGCCAAAGCAGUGGCACGUUAAUUGCAUUUUGGUUGAUCCACUUGUUUGAGGAGAAUUGAUUACAGAUUUUAAGCAUAUUUCACUUCUGUACAUGAGCGUGAGAGAGACAGGAUGCUCGGUGAUGGGGGAAUAUGAGUGAGGUUGAGAAACAAAGUGACAGAGACGUUGAUGGCAUAAUUGUGGAGAGGAAUAAAUGAGUGGAAAGAUGACAGGAGAAAAAAGCACAGUUAAGAGUCAGCAGAAAGCAAAGAAGGAGAGAGAGAGAGAGAGAGAGAGAGAGAGAGAGAUCAGACGCAGGUGAUCCAUCAGCAUCAUGGUCUCCCUGAGCAACUGAGAGCUCACAUUUCCUCUAAUCUUCUUCACCUCCUCCCUUACACUCCCAAAUCCAAACCCUUCCACUUAUAUUCACACAAGAUUCAGAGGAAAUCUCCCACGUGCUUAUGUUUCUCCCUACUUUCUACCCUUGAUGCAGGUAAAAAAAAAAAAAGCUCUCCGUAACCAUGGGGAUGGACAGUAAGGAGGCUAAGAAUGACGCGCGUGUAGAAGUAACCCUAUCUGAAGGCCCAGGUAAACAUAGCAGCCGUCUUAAAGAGACAGCACUCCGACCCAAAUUAUGUCAGUGUGUGGUAAACGGAGCAGUUAAAGGUGAUAAUUACCUUAUUUAAACGCUGUCUCUUUAAGAUUAGUGUGACGCUGAUGGGUUGUAAGUGGUCAUUAAAGCUUACAAAAAACCCAUCCAGGACUUGUGUGCUGUGCUCUGUGCUCUCAGCGUGUGCCUCCAGUUUAUUCCAUUCCUGUGUAUCGUGUGAUGCUGUGCAUCUUGUGACACUACAUAUCAUUACCUUUCCAUGAUUUCAACUGAAAGUGUCAAUCUAUUCCAGGUUGAGCUCGACGUUUGGAAGUCGUGUUGAGUCAAUAGAACACACGGUUAGCAAAUAAUGCAGUUAGAAGCUGUAUUUAGCGACACUGUAGUAUGUUGAGCUUUACAAUACUGAGCUAGAGAAUAGUAUUAGAGAUGAACUCUUGAUUUAAUGGGGAUUUUGUCUGUAUGAUGCUUGAGAACCAGGCAGUUUUAUUUUUACAUAACCCCUUCCACACACCCAGAAAGGUGUUAGUUGGGGUAUGGAGUAGUGUUAGACAGUGCUGUAGUAACUGAGUGCAAAAAAUCCAACUCGUCACAAUUUCUGUGACUCUAACACCAACUCAGAAUUUACAGGUUUGCAGAUUGGACUUUGAUUUAAUCAUUAGACUUCUUAGUCUUAAGUUUAGUAAACGGUGUUAAUCAGUAUCUCAGGUCGCAAGUAUUAGUGCUGUACACUGUGUCACAAUAUGACACAGGAGUUACAAUGACAUUAGGUGAGGGAGCUCUUCUUCCUUCAUGGAUACUAACAACAAUACCUUCCGUUCAGUGUAUGCGUUAUUAAAUGGAGAGCUCAACACUGAUAUCAUUUGUUAUAUCUCUUUAUGUGCUAUGUUUAAAUAAGGGCCAGCUUUUUAAAUCUUCAGCAUUCCAUGAUUGAUUGUCUGUUUGUCAGUUUUGGCAGUUUAUUGUCAGUUUUGGCAGUGAUAUUUUGAGGUUUAUUAACAGUAUAGAUUCAAAUGCAAGAAUCAUCAACAAUAAGCCAGUCCGGGUCAUACACAGGAUAACACAAUAACACAGUCCAAUCCACAAAGCCAAAGGUCAGGUCAAGGCCCAGGGAAUAGCAGGCACAUGGUUAAAAAAAAAAAAAAAAAAAAAAGAUACACUAAGACUAGGGCAAAUCCAAACAGAGAAUACAGGGAAACAAGGCAAAGGUCCUACACGAAAAUCACUCACGAUACAAAUGGCUCAGAAGCGUGAACAGGUGAAUUGUGAUGUAAGUGAGAGUCCAUGUGAUUUAUGUACUGUGUGGCCAAGAAAUGGAAAUGAUAAGUGAAGAAUUGUUCAAACUUUAUGGCAGUUUGCCCUCUGGUGGCAUGGUGGUGCAUUGUCCAUGGCUGGUAUGACAACUCGAAAGCCUUUAAACUAACACAUUUUUUAAACAUUUAUCAAUAUAGAUCUGCCCAUUUCUAUUAAAGAGAGCUUGUUUUCCAUUGUGAAUGAUUUCCAACUGCCAUUUUGCUCAAAUGUUCAGUUUCUUACAAGUAACCACAGAGCCAAGGAUUGGUAUUGGGCCAUGGGUUGUUUGUUAUUGCAUGGAAGACUCAUGUUUGAUGCUAACGAGAUCCUACUGCAACGCCCAUAUCAGAAUUCAACACUGAGGUGUUCAAAAAUCAGAGCAAAUCGGCUGGGCCUGAUACAUUCACAGUAGUGCUAAUGUCUAUUAUAUUCUUCAUUAUGAUAAAAAAUUAAGAUUAGAUUUAAUUAAGUUAAUUAAGUUAAAUGAGUCAGCAAAUAACUGUUACUGGCAUUUUAACAUUCUUAAUGUCUUGUAAGGGCUUGAUGACUCAGACUUAACUACUGAUGACUGGGACCUAAGAGUGCUUUCUGACUCCAGUAUAGCCUGAGAAUGAGCCACGUUACUGUAUCAUUUGAGUUGAGCUUAGCUGAUUAGAGGUGAAGUAUAGCUGUAAUGUGUUACUAUAGUUGUAGGUUUUGCGCUUUGGGUUAAGUAGGUUGGUUGGACUAUUAAUGCAGUGUGGUGUAUUUAGGAAUGUAAAUGUAUUGAUGCGUGUUGAUGCAUCAGUCUGACAGUGGUGAUAAAACUGCAUAGAUUUUUGGAAUGACAGAAUAGAUUGUAAUUGAUAUAUAAUGAUAUAAUGAACCUAUUUUUUUUUGGCCAAAAUAAUUCCCAGGCUAUUUUCGAAUGAUUUCAUAUGUGAUGAGAUUGAAAAUUUUGAUAUAUUGGGUUUAACGUCUGUAAAACACAGCUGUGUAUUUAGUGUCAUUUUAAAAUUUAUUUGAAUCAUACCAGCUUAAUUCAGUCAUACUGAAUCAGUAAGAGAUCUGAGAGUCAGGAUGCUUUAAUCAUUUUAAAUUUUAUUUUUAAUAUACGAUUUAUGAUGAAAAUGAGAUUGUUAUACAGUGGGUUCAGAAAGUAUUCAGGCCCCUACAGUUUUUGCAAACUUUAUUGUAUUGAUUUAAAAUGGAUUAAAUGUACUUUUUUAGCCAUUAAUCUGCACACAAUAAUCCAUAAUGCCAAAGCAAAAACGUGUUUUUUUCUUUGCCGAAGUGCAGCUGGUGUGACCACAGUUCUCCUGCGAGGGUCAGAAAUCAUUCAUGGUUUCAAGAGGGACAUUAGACAAGAGAUUUGUAAAAGGAUUAUAACAAAAAUGUGGUGUUAUGUUUCUUACUGUUCACAGCGUUCACCAUUCUGCACAGUUCGGCUGUAUUAUAAGACUGUUUUGUUUGGGGGGCACGAGUUCUCAAAAAAAUGCCUUCGGCUUAUGUUGUUGUUCACAGUAACAUAGCCCCCUUUUCCUAUUCCUUAAAUAUUGUCAAGCUGAUUAUCAUCAUUAGUCUAGAUGUACUGUGGUGUUCAGUGGAUUUGUCUCAGUUUUAUGAUGGUGUGGAGUGGUGUGAGUAGCCUCUGGUUGUAGUGUAGUAUUGAGUUGAGUGAUACAGAUGCAUUGAGCGGCACCAAAUGCCCCUGUCCUGGCAGAGUGCUGUCCAGUCCACUUCCACGCCUCAGUAACUGAACUCGCCCGCAGCACUAUACUGUACAAGUGAGUCAGGACAGAACCCGGCUGCAGCAUCAGACAAAGAGUAAGAGACAAUUAUUAACGUAUUACAUCUUCAAUCAAAUGAAAUUUGUAUGAGGAAUUAAAACAAGCAAUGACACUGAAAUAAAAUACUUGGACUGGUGAUUUAAUAGCUCUGCCACAAGCAGAACACACACAUCACAAACACAUAUGAAUCAAUGACACUGUUGUCAUUCUUCCACACUGCCUUUGUGUAGUAAAACACAAUUUGUAACUCUAUACUUCUUUCCACUUUUAGCCUGUAACAGAUCCAGCCAGGUCCCUAGAUGCAUUUACCGUGUCAGCGGUGUAGAGUGGCCCUGUAAUGAAAGAGGCCGCACAUACACACAAACACAUGUAGACGUCUGGAAUAGACUCUUAUCUAAUCAUCUCUAUGGGGUUUAUGAUUGAGCAUAAUUCGAUGCUACGCACAGACUCACAGAAAUAGCCAGAAGAAACCAAAGGUCCCUCUCUUAUCUUUAAUUUAACUUUAUUACAUGGACACAGUCACACAGAAUGAUUUCCUGGUGGCUGUGAAAGUUACUCUGUUAUAUAUGACCGGCGGCGGCCGGGUAAAUUCCAGCCAUUCCGCCGCCUGUUUGGGAGGAAGAGGAGGAGGGAGACAGAGCGAGGGUUUGAAGAAACCGAACUUAAACCCAGCCACUCCACUGGUGAUGUGUGCAAUGGGGUGGUCUCAGGCCUGGAGGAGUCCAAUCAGCAUCUAAGAGAGCUAAAUCCCCUGGGGUCUCGAGCUUUUUCACACGAGAGCGUCUUCAUCCCUGAGGAUUCUAUAGAGAAGCCGUGCUCAGAACUGACCAUGUCUCAAGAGAACGUCUCAGACAAAGUCAGGAACCUACAAAGACAGAUAGCUCAUAAUAUAAAGUUUGGUCAGAAACCUCCCUCACUAAGAAAAAGUGAAGGAGAUGAAGGUAGCUCAGAUGAGGAAGAAGUACCAAGAAGUCCAUUGCGAGUCCUGGCACAGGUGGAGCCAGAGCCACAGGACACCAAAGCCAGGGAAAAAGUUUCAUCUGCUACCCAUGAUGUGGUUCACUAUAGGACCCCUGUGAAGUCCCCUCGCACAAAGCGGCCUCCUCCCCCUGGUACAAUUGAAUCAAUUAACCUAGAUGCUGUUCCCCAGUCAGCUCCACGCUUGGACAACACUGCUGCCAAACAUAAACUCUCUGUCAAACCCAAAAACCAGCGAGUGUCACGCAAGCACCGCAGAUUCACACAGGAGUUUCUGGAGGUGGAUAUUUCAGCAGUUCUGCAGGAAGAGGCAGAUGUGCAGGAACUUGCAGAAGAAACAGGAGUUUGGAGAGAAGCGCAUGUAAGAAGUCACUGGACCAGAGACGAUCAAGAGCUUCCAGAAAAAUCUAAGAAGCAGAGACUUCAUGAGGAGGAGCAGGAGCAUCUGGAGCUUCAGAGAAUCCAGGAGCAAGAGAAGCAGAGAAGGAGAGAAGAAGAAAGAAGAGCUGAGGAACUGAGACUGGAACAGGAGACAAUGCGUAGAAAACAGGAAGAAUUUCAGCAAAGGGAGGAAGAGGAGCGAAGGCAGUGGGAAGAAGACAGAAGGAAGGAAGAAGAUGAAAGAAGAAAGAGGGAGGAGGAGCAACGCUUGAGGGAGGUGGAAGAGAGGAAGAGACACGAGGAAGAAGAAAGAAAAAAGAGAGAAGAAGAGAGAAGGAGAGCAGAGGAAGAAAGAAGACAGCAGGAUCUCAUAGCAGAGCGCCUUCGCCUGGAGGAGGAAAGGAGAAAGAAAGAAUUGGAGGAGCAGAAAAGAAAAGAGGAGGAGGCAGAAAAACUAAGGCUUUGGGAGUUAGAGGAAAAACAGCACAGAGAAGAAGAAGAAGCACGCCUUUAUGAGGAAGAAAGAAAGCAGCAAGAAGAAGAGGAGGCUAAGAUGAAAAGAUUGGCUGAUGAAAAGAAAAGGAAGGAAGAGGAUAAAAGAAAGAGACAGCAAGAGGAAAUGAGAGCUGCUGAGGAGCACUCCACAUCCUCUGAUCCAGAGUGGAAGAGGAAAGCAGAGGAGCUGCGAUGGAGGGAGAUGGAAGAGAGGCAAAGACCUUUCACCUUCAAAGUGUCCUCGGGUGAAAAGCAAAUCCUAUUUCAGAAGGUCAAUCUAACACCAGUUACCCCAAUACCUGCUCAGCAGGGUGAAACAGCUGCUGAAAUCAGGGAAGGCACUGCAGGAGUUCCUGAUUCACCGACUUUAUCUUCAUCCUUGUACGUUCCUCAUACUGCUAUACUAGUGACUGGAGCUCAGUUGUGUGGUACGGCAGUAAAUCUGGAUCAGAUAAAAGACACAGCCUGUAAGUCUCUGCUUGGUCUCUCUGAGGACAAAAAAGCCUUUGGGACACCAGCAAUGAAGAACAAGACAUCACCAGAUCGCAAAUCUGGAAAAACCAAAUCUUUAAAUGAAUCCUCUUUAUCUGCAGACCAGUCUAGUGCUGCUGUCCUGGCAGAGUGGGCCAGUAUACGAUCCAAGAUUUUUAAAGGUGGACUAGAGGGAAAAUACCAGGAAUACCCAGACAGACAAGUGCAGAGCCAAACAAGUGAAGACAUCAACGAGCCACCAUUCUCUCACACCAAUCUCAGGAAGACUGUGUCAGCAAGUGCUAAGUUUUCCAUCACUCCAGCCAGAAAGAAGUUUGCUGACUCCAGUAGAAAUUCUGAGGUCUUUAGUCAAGAAGAAACAGAAGCAGGUAGGAGGGAAUUACCUUCUACAGAUUCUGCUACUAGCCAGAAUCUCCAUUCACCUUCCUCUGCCAGCAAAGGUCAAAAUAAGGGAGGAAAGAUGGUCCGUAUCUCAGACAGUACAGAAGAAUGCAAGUUUGCCAAAGACCUCCCUUCCUUCCUGGUUCCAAGUCUGCCACAUGGAUCCCAGAAAGCUCCAACAUCUGAAACAGGACCCCUGAGCCAGGUGGAAUCAGAGGACUCGGACAGAAAGGAUUAUGGGGAACAGAGAGACCAGAGUGGUGAUGAGAGGCCCUCACCAUUUGGUAUCAAGCUGAGGAGGACCAAUUACUCCCUUCGUUUUCAUAGUGAGCAAUCCACAGAGAAAAGGAAGAAAAGGUAUAGUGCAGGUGACAGUUUUGAAGGAGUACCAGUGCCCCUCACCUCUACUGACCAAUACUCUGACAAUUCUGUAUUCUCUGAGAAGACCAGUAUCACGACUCCACUUGGAGAGAGCGGAAUCAAAUUCCAAGGAAUCUCCAUUGUAGAGUCGCGCUCCAGGCCUGGUAGAAAUGCUCCCUCUUCAGCAUGUAAUGAACGUGACAAACUCAUCUCUAAGCCCCCAAUUUAUCAGAAACCAGCCACAUUUCCCAAACCAUCUGAUGGUGCCACACCUCCACCUUCUCCACUACCUAAACCUAGUAGAAGGACUUCUGGGGAGAUGCUCUCCCAGAGAUCAGGUGGGCCAGAAUUGGCAGCCUCUGAAGAGCACAUUGAUCAAAAGUUAGAGCCCUCAGAAUCCAUGCCGUGUCAGAGGAAUGGUCAGGGUGAUGAUGAGCCAAAAGAAAAGAAGUCCUUCUUUCCAUCCAUCAGCAUCCCAUGGAGGGAGAAAACAGACCGGAGGGCUGAACUCAUAAGAAGAGAAAAGCCCUCUCUGCAGAGCAGGCAUUCCUUAGAUGGCUCAAGAACACAGGAGAAGGAGACAGGACCAUUAUGGAUCACUCUGGCUUUGCAGAAACAGAAGGGUUUUAGAGAGCAGCAGCAAAGCAGAGAGGAAAGGAAGAACCAGAGAGAAGCCAAGCUGGCUGAGAAACAAGCCAGGGACCGAGAAAGUGGUGGAAUAGUGAGCCCUACAGAGGGUAAGGGGAAUGGAAACUCCAGUACUCCUAAGGCACAAACCCCAGAGGAGAACAAGAGACCAGACACAUUACUGACUCGCUUUGAACGCCGUGACAACUUGAAGAAGGCCAACACCCUACCCACUUCUGUCACAGUUGAGAUAGCAGACUCUACCCCAUCACCCCCAGCAGCAAAGGACAUAACAAAGCGCUUCCCACCUAGUGAUACUCCACAGGUUUCCACUGAACCAGCUUGGCUUGCUCUUGCCAAGCGUAAGGCCAAAGCAUGGAGCGACUGCCCACAGAUCAUCAAGUGAUAUGUAUAACUUUGACUUCUAUAAGGGAAACAAGCUUCUAGUCAGCUGUGUCAUUCACAGGGUAUCAUUUCACCAUACUCAUGACCAUUCACAAAAUACCACAUUACCUGUAAAACUUCAUUCACUUUUUUUUUGUGCCAUUUUCACCCCACAGAAUGGGUAGCAAGGGGCAUGUAUUUCUAAAAGAUUGAUAUAAUUGUAAAAUUAUGUAAAAUGGUCCAUAACUAUAGUGAUGUGUUCAGACAUACCGUUGUUCAAACAUACAAUUCUGGAUUCGAGCGACGGACAUGAAAAGCAAAGCUUCUCAAUUUAACUCAAGAAAAUCAUUUACAUUUUUAAAAAUUUGUAUUAAAGUAAAAAAAAAAAAAACACCAGACCAGCUUUCAAGUGUAUAUCUUCUAGGCACAACCCGGGAAUCUAAGCCCAGAAGACCUAUUGCUAGCAAAUCAUUUGUCCGAAUAUAUAAGGCAUGCGUAGUAUACAAAGAAAUAUUGCUAAAACAAAUGAGUCACAUCUUCUUUAACAGUUUGUGAUAAAUUCUUUGGGGAGUCUUUUAAGAACUCACUCAAGGGCUAAAGUUGCACAGUAGGUGUCACCAUAACAAACAUCCUACUUCACCCCCUGAUAUGUGUUACAAGCAUGAACUUCAGAACUGGCUACUGUUUUUGUAUUUUUUUUUUUAAAGUCUAGAUUCUGGUCCUGACAUUUCAAAAAUGUAUUUGUUAAAUUGUCUUAACACCCCUUGUCUAAUAUGGACAAGGUUAAUUCUCAUUUUCUUUGUGACUAUUAACCUAUUUGAUAUCUUGGCCAAGAUUUUCACUGUGUGACAAAUGACUGCUGUCAUUUAAGCUGUCACUGAAAAUUAACAUAAUGAUGACAGUCACUGUGUUUACUUAUGUAAAUAACUUACAUAGUAAAUGUUAUUAAUGACACUUCUGUUCAACCACCAUGUUAAAUCAUUUCACUGGAAACCAUUAACCAAAUGUUAAUGAACUAUUUGCUUCUUGCACAGUGUUUAUGCCCUCCAGUUUCUUUGGAAAUAUUUCUCUGGAACACAGACUGCUUGCUUGCUGUAAUAGAAACACUAUUAUCCUGUAGCUUGUCCUAGCUCUUCUUGUAUCAGACAUUAAAAGCAAGUCAGUGGGAGAUCAGUGCUUUAAAAAAAAUCCUGCCGGGGGAAGACUAAAUAAUGACUUUGCAGAGGAAAGGACAUUAUUCUCUGAAAUAACAACAGCUUCGAACUCAUAGAAAGCCUUGAUCUCCCAGCAAAACACCAACCCCCUCUACUUACCGUAAUAUUUUGUAUGUAUGUAUGUAAUGUAUGUAGGUAUUUAUGUACAGACGUGGACUGAACUGCACUGUGUUCCUUUGAAGAUCCCUGAGUUCCGUCGCUUUGUUUUUAAUUUGAUUGUGUGCAAACGUGUAGCGUCAAACCAGUGUUGUAUGUAACAUUGAAAUAAAAGCAGUUUGUUGGUA